GGGACUUUUAUGGAAUAAAUUGCCAGCAAAUGAAAGAAGACAUAUUUGGACUUUUAUCGUGCAUAAGUUAUAACAUGGGAAGAUACCACACUGUGUUUUGGACCAAACAGGAUUUCUUCAUUGAAUCGUUGGCUUUCUAGCCGUGUAGCUAGCUAAGUUAGUUAGAAGGGUUAUCAAAUUUAACUGGUUCCACUGCCAGGUCUGUUUUUCAUAUACAUACGGUACAAGUCACCACGCCAGUCGUUUUGAUCGUUUUGGACACUGUGGUUCCUGCCAUGGCUGACAGCAGCAUACUGACUUUGGGGACAGCUCGAAGUCUGUUGGUGGAUUCUUCGGUCUAUGAUUCGAGAAUUUCUGAAACCACUAAGGACCAUGUGUUCCUUGGCAUGUCUGGUGAAGAUGGGGAAGACAUGCUGCCAAAAGUGGAGACUAGGGUUGUUCUGGUGGGAAAAGCAGGCAGAAAUGAAGAACUGGUCAAAGCACUGCAGGCCAUCAGUGUAAUGGAGGUACCAGUGGUAAAGAUAAGAGAGGGCGAGGCGGGUGCCGAAGAGAAAACUAUAAUAAAAUCUAUAGUGAAUAUGGGCAUCAACUCUCCUUACAUAAUGACAGACAAUGUCCAGGAGUUUGCAGAUGGGGAGAACACAGAAUUUGAGACAGUGUUCGUCCUUACAGACUUUGAUUCUGCUGACUACAACUACCUCUACAAACGGGACAACCGCAUUGUUGGGCCUUCUGUUGUGCUGUACUGUGCUGCAAAAGCAGAACCUCUACAGUUUUCUUGUCGUCCUCUCUACUCUACCACCAUGCUUAACCUGUCUCUGUGUUUCACUGGCUUUAGAAACAAAGAGGAAAUGAAGAAUUUGGUAAAUCUGGUUCAUCACAUGGGUGGAGCUAUCAGGAAAGAUUUCAGCACCAAGGUUACACACCUCAUCGCCCACUCCACACACGGCGAGAAAUACCGGCUGGCAGUCUGCCUGGGAACACCCAUCCUAACUCCAUCAUGGAUUUAUAAGGCCUGGGAAAGAAGACAUGAUGUGUUCUUCCAUGCAGGAGAAGAGGAGUUUCGAACAGAAUUUAAAGUACCUCCCUUCCAGGAUUGUAUUCUCAGCUUUAUGGGUUUCUCAGUAGAAGAGAAGGCCAACAUGGAGGAACGAACACUUAAGCAUGGUGGCAGUUAUCUUGAAGUUGGAGAUGAGAGGUGUACACACAUGGUAGUGGAUGAGAACUCUGUGAAGGGACUGCCAUCUUUUCCCUCCAAGAAACUCUUUGUGGUCAAACAAGAAUGGUUCUGGGGAAGCAUUCAGAUGGAUGCUCGUGCCGGGGAGUCUAUGUACCUCUACGAAAAGAAUGACAGCCCAGCCAUGAAGAAGGCAGUGUCUCUUCUGUCCCUCACCACCCCCAACAGUAACCGCAAACGUCGCCGUCUGAGGGACACACUAGCUCAGCUCACUAAAGAAACUGAGAUUUCCCCGUUUCCUCCACCACGUAAAAGGCAGUCAGCAGAGCACUCUAUGUCAAUAGCUUCUUUGCUUGACAUCUCCAACACCCCUGAUACAUGCAAGGUUUUCACAGAAUGUAAUAUAGGAAAGAGUUCAGUCAGCAGUGGAGAGAAUUCUGUGACCAGGAAUAGGCUGAGUAGAAGGACAUCCAGAGAAAGGAGGGUUAAGACAAAGGGGGAAAUUUGGAGGAAAAGGUCCUGUUUGAGUGCAAGAGCCUUUCAACAAGGAGAGGCGCAUCAGGAAGGAACAUCUGCAGAGAGUUCAAAGCCAUCCAAGAGUUCAACUCCAGUUCUCUCCAAGCAGUCAGCCAGGUGGCAGGUUUCAAAGGAACUCUACCAGACUGAGAGCAACUAUGUGGACAUCUUAAACACCAUCCUCCAGCUUUUUAAACUUCCACUGGAGAAGGAGGGUCAGGUAGGUGGACCCAUCUUGGCCCAAGAAGAAAUCAAGACAAUAUUUGGCAGCAUUCCAGACAUAUAUGAGGUCCACACCAGAAUCAAGAAUGACCUGGAGGAUCUCCUGACAGACUGGCUAGAGGAAAGAAGUGUGGGGGAUGUAAUUCUCAAAUAUUCCAAAGAGUUGGUGAAGGCCUACCCACCCUUUGUCAACUUUUUUGAAAUGAGCAAGGAAACUAUUGUUCGGUGUGAGAGACAAAAACCUCGUUUUCAUGCUUUUCUAAAGAUUAACCAAGCUAAGCCAGAGUGUGGCAGACAGACACUAGUGGAACUGCUAAUCAGACCAGUGCAGAGAUUGCCUAGUGUGGCCCUUCUUCUCAACGAUAUAAAGAAACAUACAUCAGAUUGACACCCAGACAAGAUAACUUUGGAGAAAGCAAUAGAAUCUCUGAAAGAAGUCAUGCUUCAUAUUAAUGAAGACAAGAGAAAGACUGAAGGCCAGAAGCAGAUCUUUGAUGUUGUGUAUGAAGUUGAUGGUUGUCCUGCUAACUUGCUAUCGUCCCAUCGCAGUCUUGUUUAUCGAGUAGAAACAAUUGCACUAGGGGAUCAGCCAUGUGAUCGCGGAGAACAAGUCACACUCUUCCUCUUUAAUGACUGCCUGGAGAUUGCAAGAAAGCGACACAAGGUGAUCAACACCUUCAAGAGUCCGCUUGGACAGACACGACCACCACCACCGCUGAAACAUAUUGCCUUGAUGCCACUGUCUCAAAUUAGAAGAGUGUUAGACCUGCAGGACACAGAGGAUUGUGUUAAUGCCUUCGCAUUGGUUGUUCGCCCUCCAACAGAACAGGAGAAUUUGUUGUUUAGUUUCCAACUGGUCGGAGAGGAAACUAUUAAAAGCAUUUGGCUGCGGACACUGUGCCGUCAUGUUGCCAACACCAUCUGUCGGGCUGAUGCGGAGGACAUGAUUCAGUGUACAGACCCAGACUCACUUCAGGUCAGCACAAAGGAUAUGGACAGCACCUUAAGCAAAGCUUCAAGGGCCAUUAAGAAGACUUCAAAGAAGGUGACAAGGGCAUUUUCUUUCACAAAGACCCCAAAGCGUGUGAUACAGAGGGCGUUUCUGGCCAACAGCACGCCAGAUGACAAAGCCCAGAGUCGUGAAAAUCACAUCAGUAUCAGCUCCACACUUGCUAUGUCUCGCUCUGCCUCAACAUUCAGUGUAAGUGAUUCUGGCAAAAGCAGUGCUGCAGUGGUGCAGCGCUCUAAUUCUCUGGACCACCCUCCUGUCAGAGCCAGAGUCUGUAUGCGUACUCCUUACACUCCAGCUCAACAGCUUGUUCUUAGUCCAGUUCCCUAUUCUGCCACUGAGUCCACCCAAAAACUUGGCCCCAACUACCUACCGUACCCGAACCCUAUUACUGGAGAAACCAAAUCUGUCCAAAAUACUUAUUUACUGACCCAACCUGCUCUACCUACUGUGGUCUUCAGUACAUCCCAACAGUCCACCUCAGAGUCCAUUGCAGCAAUUGAAACAUACACUCCACUCCACUCCACCUAUAAACAUGCACUUCCAAAAUCUAGCCAGCACAUGUCUAGACAUCUAACCUCAGCAGGGUUCCAGCCAAAGUCUGUGGCUCCUGUACCUUCGAAUACCAGGGAGAGGACCUCUUCUGAAACGUGCAGAGAUCCCAAAGUGUCAAUGGACGCACACAAAGUCAUCUUGACCAGCCCACGCAGGGAGACUCUGCUAUAAUUCAUCACUAAGCUUUGUCUUGGGACUCAUGCACACCAUUCCCCGUCCAUGGUCAACCUACCUUCCAUGUUUGAGAGGAAGUACCACACAUUCAGUCGCUCAACCACCCAUCUUAUCUGAGACACAUUUCACCUUUCUAGCUGUGAGUGAUGGAAUGUAACUGGAAAGUCAUGUGAAAAUUAUAAGCAGCUGGUCCAACAUAGCAAACUUGCAUUUGUUUAUACUGGAGCUCUUUACACACACUCCAAACACACGUAAGCAGACAUUGAUCUUUGUUUAUAAGAAGUAUUAUCCACCCUCUAAUAGGGCAGGCUGGUUGUUGUUGUCUUCCUAAACACACCAAACCUCUAGGGAGCUUACUAUCGUACUGAAUGUAUGUGUAAGGUGUGCAAUUACCAGUGGUUGAGGUAAGGGUUGACUUACCCGUUAAAAAAUUGAAGGAUCGUUUCUCAAUUAAUUCUAGAGAAACUUUUUUUAUAUGAAUAGGUUAUUUGUUCAGAUUGAUCUUUUCUAACCAAAACCACAAUAUUACCUACAGACAAGGUAAACAAAACAUAUCAUCUCCAAGAUGGACUUCAUGAUCUUCCCAUAGAAACAUCAACUACCCCACUAAAAGUAGCAUCUAUGCUACUUUUAGUGGGGUAGUUGAUGUUUCUAUGCAGUAAAGAUGUCUACUUCAACACACUGUCAAGCUCAUAGUAGGUUUUAUACACUAGUAGUUACACUUUCUGCAUUCGCUGUGAUGCCAUUUUAAUUGAUAUCAACUGACAUUUAAGUUUUUAUUGCAGUAGGAUGUGCUUAAUUUCACCUGAUAUGUCUUACUGUCUCUAACCCACCUUUCUAGUGUAAAAUAAUGAAUUUGUAAAGCUUCUAAUUAAACAUUUUAAGAGAUUUAUUUUAAAAGAUUAAAAGUACAUAAAGUCCUCUUAUCUUUCUAUCCACUUUAAAGCAAUUUACAAUUGCUUUGUCUGGGUGUGAGGCACACAUCAAAAUGCAGCAGAGUAUGUUCAUUGUUGAUUGUUUUAUACCAGCCUUUUUCCCCACUUAUGUAUCUGUUUGUUCUUUUUCUUGAGUGUUAGUUGUCUGAUACAGCUCUGUAUUAAAUGCACUUAAACAUGUA